UCGGAACAUUAAUAUAUGAUACAUAAAGAGGUGAUAUUGAAAUAGGUCUUUUCAUUUUUAUCAUUUCCUUGUGAUUUUAAGAAGCAGUAGAUGUUUAGGCUCAAGAAAAGAGUAGACUUGUGAUUUUAAGAAAACGUCAGAUUUGUGACUUUAAGAAAAAAGAUUUGUGAUUUUAAGAAAACAGUAGAUUUGUCAUUGAAAACAGUAGAUUUGUUAUUUUAAGAAAACAGUAGCUGCUUUGAAAAUGCCAUCACGUGUUUCAGACGCAGAUGACGUAGAGGUUUCGUUUACUUAUGCUAGUUACGAGCGAGAAACGGAGGCAUCCUCCUUAUUGCCGGGUGAUAAAUCUACGAGGUUUCUGUCAAACUCAAGUCGCUCACAGAAGAGUAAAGAAGAAAGUAUCAAAGAUGGCGAGAAACAACUCGCGUCAAAAUCACGCGGUGUAAUAAUUUUUGUAGCGUGUUUAUAUAUGAACCUGUCAUGUUUUGGAAUGGUAGGCGUUUUAGGGGUAGUUUAUGUAGAGUUCAUAUCAGCGUUCCAGUGUCUGCGAUCAGAAGCCGCGCUUGUACAGAGCCUGUACAUGGGGUUGUCGUUAGCUGGUGGAAUAUUAUUCUCGAUUGUGGUUACGAAGUAUGACACUGGCGCAUGCGUAAUGAUAGCUUCUGCACUCGCCGGAAUUGCUCUGUCGUGUGCUUCUUUAGCGCGUAAUAUUGGUACAGUUAUCGCCCUUGUUGGAAUAGUCGUUGGUCUUUUUACCAGUGUCAACACCCUCAGUUCAUCAAUAGUUAUAAAUUGGACGUUUGUUAACAACCAAAAAUUCGCACUAGGUAUACUAACAUUAGGAGCUACUAUAGGACAGACUGUUAUGCCAUAUAUAACAAACGCUUUAAUUGAAGAAUAUUCGUGGAACGGAUGCUUACUAAUCAUGGGCGCCCUGAUAUAUUUCAACUGCAUUCCAUGUGGACUUAUAAUUCAUUAUUCGAAAAAAUACUUUUAUAAACAGGAGAAAUCAAAUGCCCACCAAAGAAAUAGCGCGUCUUUCAUAAGUUUCCUAACAGACAGUGCAUUCAUGGUGUUUAUUGUUUCAACAUUUGUGUUUAUAUUACUCGGUCCUGUCGAACAAUGGUUUGUUGUUGACGUCGCUGUUCUGAAGGGUUUUGGAGCUAAAUCAGGAGCUACAUUACUGUCACUAAACGGAAUAUUUGGUUUUGUUGGCAGAUUCCUAGCUACAGCACUAAUCAAAUUUUAUCCGAAAUCUCGACCAGAACUGCAUAUGUGCUAUGGAUUUAUACUCUGGGCUAUAGCCCAUUUCAGUGUAGUUGCCUCUCCUGUGUAUUGGGGAAUGUUUUUAGCGAUGGUACUUCGUGGUUGCUCGACAAGCAUCGUAAUAGCUUUCUUACCGUCUCUACAGCUAGAGCUACGAGGUACGGAACAGUUUCCAAAGACACUUGCUAUCAGUUACCUAGUAAUGGGUAUAGGAGAUAUAAUAGGUGGCUAUCUAGGUGGGUAUAGUGUCGAUGUGACAGGCUCAUAUAAUUUGAUUUUCUACAUAGCAACCGUUGGUAUGAUAUAUUGUGGGAUCAGUAUGAUUGUUAUAUUUGUCAUAUUCAGACAAAGAAAGCGUCAAUAUCAAAAUCUACCGUGAUUAAAUACACCUUAAAUACACCUUUAUUUGCCAAAUGAAUCUACGCGGCUAAUACCAUUGAAACUUCACAACCAGGAUAAAGUCGUGUUCAGACCUUGUUUCAGAAGGAACUAUUACAUUUUGGAAUACAUUUGAGCCGUGUCACGACAAAACCAACAUAAUGCGUUUGCGACCAGCAUGUAUACAAACCAGCCUGCGUAUCCGCGCAGUCUGAUCAGGAUCCAUGCUGUUCGCUUACAAACCCUAUAACAAGUAGAGAAACUGAUAGCGAACAGCAUGGAUCCUGAUCAGACUGCGCGGAUGCGCAGGCUGGUCUGGAUCCAUGCUGGUCGCAAACCCAUUAUGUUGGUUUUGUCAUGACGCGGCUCAAUUUUAGCCGAAUUUAUGACAAAUAUGAUACAAUAAUAACCGACCAGUUGAUAUAUCCUCGUAUAUACAGUCAGAUAUGUUUUAUUUCUAAUCCUUGAAACUCGUUCAACACGACAUUAUUGAUGUGUUCGUGGUACCUUUAGUUAUUUCUAUUUGCUUUUUUUCCUUCUCGGAUGAAUCCAGUAUCCUUACUUGAAUACUGUUAAAUCACCCUUUCGACAUGUUGCCUGAUUUUUAAUUUUGUCUUUUGACAGCUUUUCUGUGAUAUGCAGGCUGCAUAGCCUCUGCAGUAACGUGUCACAUUGAAGAUUCUAUAAUAACCGUCGUAUGAAUACAUCUGCGAAUGUUUCAAAAAUCAAAAUAUUACCAUUUCAUGUUAAAUGUUGAAUACUGCUUAAGUCUGUGUAAAGGGUGUGAAUGGUAGCUUGCACUUUCCAAUACUGUCCAUCAAACCGAUCCUGCCACGUUUUCAAUUUUGCAGUUUUGUAUGUUGGCUGAUUUGUGCCAUUCGUAUUUUCGCCCUGCAACCCCGCCAGCGAGAAGUCAAAAAUUAACAAGUUAUAAUGGCGGGGGCCAUCCAAUUGAUCCAUUCCUAUUGUCUUUAUCAACAUUUGAAAUACUUUAAACAUGUACGCAAUGCAUACCAAUCCACUAUAAAUGAUCAUUAGAUAUAUGACUAUAAGUAAUUUGUGGAAACAUUUUGAAAUUUUGAAUUUUGUGAACUGAUAAGUUUCUACAAUUCCACUGUCAAUCUUUUUUUUAUAGUUUCUAAAAAAAAACCAUUUCAUUUCAUGAAUAUUUGAAUUUGUUUAAUAUGAUACAUCCCAUUUAUUGUGAUGUAAGAAAUAUUAUCCUAAUGUUAGAAACGAGAUAGUUGAGACACAAUAGGUUAAAUAUCAUGUAAACAUGUUAGAUACCAGGUGAUAAUCAUAUGCAUCGAAACAUUCUGCUCUUGUUUAGGCGCUGUGUUUGAAUUAUGUGCACAAUAAAAUCAUUACA